CACAACAUAUACACAUAUCAUUAACUUUCCACACCUGUGGAUAUCUCACACUACAUUCGAAGCUAGUAUGCACAUGAAAAUGUUCUCAAAACAUUUUUACAAAAAGGUGUGGAUCACUGGCCAAAAUCCCAAGUAGUAGUCCAAGCACAGAAUAGUUGAAGACCAUACCUCAUCCUGGCUUCAACUCUAGCUCCUCUCCCACCUAACACUUAUCUACUGCUGCUGCUGAUGAUCUGCUUACACAUAGCAUAAGCAGAGAAGAAGAAUAAAAGAGGGUCAGCUCAUAGCUGAGUGAGAUAAUCAUAGCAUCGUGAGUUCAUAACAGAGCAUACCCCUAUCAUACAUCUAACAAUCAAACCAAAACACUAGGAUCGGACCUCAGCCAUCCUCAUAUCCCAAUAGGCAAAAGACUCAACCACCUUGACUUAUGCAUAUGCAUCUUAUCAUGUUUUAAUCAUAGGCGCCUGGCUACUCCCAUGCUAAUAACUCUCCCGGGAAACAUACCCCACAUCCCGUCGGAUGUAGUCAUACAUACCCCAACAUCCCGUCGGAUGUGGUCAUACAUACCCCACACCACUAUGGGUGUAGUCAUACCCCGACACCACUCUGGGUGUGGUCAUAUCUCGUAAGAAUUCUUCAGUCACCACCACAUGAGAGGUGUGACUAUCAUACAUAUCAUAAUAGAGUAAUAGCAUAGGGAGCCCUAAUUACUAUGUAGUUGACCGUGAGACCACAACAUUCAUAUUUGGUAUCCCUGUACAUGAUUCAUAUCUCAUCUUGCUUAACCAUAAUUCAUUACUUACACAUGUACUUGACCUGACCAUAAUUGGCUCAACAUAGGUAAAUCAGGAGUCGUAUAAUUGCACUUCCUCGGGAUAAACCCUCGUGCAAGUCAUCCUCCUUAAAACAUCAUAAUAUCACCCUGGGAAGUUUAUUCCCCCACUUAUGGAUCCAAAUACAACCAUAAUAUCACACCAUGUCAAAACCCCUUAUCGAACAACCAUGAAGUCAUAUCAAUAGUUAAGCCACAAAUGGCAACAUGUAUGCAAUCAUCCACAUAAACAAGGUUCAUAUCGAUUAGGGCAAGUCAAUAAUAUCAUACAACAGUUGAUGACUCGGUAUUUGCACAUGUUUACCCCUUUGUUUCUUGAUUGUUUGAGCUUGAAUUAUUGCGUCUUUGGCCUAUUUUAUGCUAGGUUGUAUUCCUUUGUCCCAUUUCAGGUCCUAGCACAUAAAGUGAAGCAUAGGCGCAAGUUUCAAGUCAAUCAGAGAUCAAUUGACGAUUCGAGAGAAGAAACUCGGGCAUGACCUGAAGAAGAAUGGAUUUCUACCUCACUUUAUGGACAAAGAAUCAUGCAAGCUUGUUAUGAAACGAAAGAGGACGAGACUACGAGCGUCUGGGAUCAAACGGCGAUUGAUUCGGAGUCCGGACGAGGGAGAAACGAAGCAUUAAACAGAGGCUGAGCAAGCUGCACGGGCAGACUAGGGAGGCUGCACGGGCAGACUAGGGAGGCUGCACGGCCGUGCACGUGAGCAAUAUGGCCGUGCGCCUUAUGCCGAGGACACGCACGGGCAACCCCUGAAGCUCGCACGGCCGUGCACCCUGGCCGUGCGAGAGGGCUGAAGUUCGACUAAAUGACACGCUGCGUUUUGAGUUGCACGGCCAGAAUGGUGAUAUGCACGGCCGUGCACCCUGGCCGUGCGAGUCGGGAUUUCCUGGUUUUAAGCCAAAUUCCGAACCAAAGAAGAGGGAGAGCUGGGUUUUGGAUCCCAAACACCCAAGGGACGAACCCUAGAGAGAGAGGGCGAUUUGAGGGCAUUCUUGGAGUAGAGAAGGAGGAUUUCUUCGCCUUGGAAGCUUGAGGAACAAGCCCGGACUUGAAGACUGAUCAUCUGAAGAUUCUUACUGCAGUCUCUCUCUUCUCUAUGGAGUAACUUCCCUUCACUUAGGUUUUGAGGAACCCUAGCUAUGUUUGUUUGAUUGGAUGAUUGUAUGAGUACUCUGACUGGAUAAUCUUGAGUUCAUAUUCAAUCUAUGCAUGUUUUCAUGAUUCAAUUCUGCUUUAGUCGAGAUUAUUGAUUCUGCUUUGAUUCUAUGAGAGGGAAUACCUGAUUAGGUCAAUAGAGCACCAUAGAUUGAUAGUAGUGGAUCGAUUGCUUUAGUCGAGGGUUGAUUCACUGCUUUGUAUCGAUUGAGAACCUCUUUCGAUAGAGGGAGUCUAGUUCAGAACGCCUUGAUCAGUUGUUCUAGAGAAGGAUACGUCCCUCUAGGCAAUUGACUCAAGAGGGCCUUGUUCCUUUAGUCGAGACUCAAGGUCUAGUCAAGGAUUCUCCGCAUUGUGAAUGAAAGUGAAACAGGUUAGAGAUCAUCAAUCGUUAAUCUGGCUAGUGGCUAGGGGGAAUCAUACCUAAGUGAGUUCCCAACCUGUAAUUAGAUUAACUUUAACUGUAGUUUGCUAGAGUAGUUUUAGUUCUUUCAUCUUAAUCUGAUUUGCUAAAUAAUAAACUGAAGCUGAGUAAUAGUAACUCUAGAGACCCGUGGAUUCGAUAUUUAUCACUUGAGCCACUAUACUGCAGUCCCUUUCAUUGGUUACACUUGGCCUUUGUUAGGUGUUGUGUCGUAGCGAGUCAAGUUUUUGGCGCCGUUGCCGGGGACUUUCUAGUGUAUUAGGAAAGGCAGAAGUUUGUUACUUUAGCGUUUUUCUUUUCUUUUCUUUUCCACCCUUGCUUUUCACUUGGGUGUUUUUGUUUUUGUUGGUGCAGAUCUGAAUCAUGGAUCCUAAUGGCUUCUCCAAUCAUUGGGGGUAUCCACCACCAUCUGGGUGGUAUUACCCCGAGACUCCCUGGAGCAAUCAAGGCAGAGAAGACUAUGGAUUCGGGUUCCAGUACCAACCCCCUUACUACGGAGAACAACCGGACCCCUGGGCAUAUCAAGAACAACCUCAUUAUCAAGAAGAAUUUCUCCCACAACCAGAAGGGCCAUCGGCGCUGGAGUUACUCAUGGAGCAGUAUGCUCGAGAUUGUGAGAGAACAUGCUCCAGGAUGGAUCAGUGUGUCCAGGCCUAUCGUGAAACAGAUGAGAUCCUCCUGAGCCUUAAGAAGAGCGUCGAUGAUCUUGAGCGAUCUUGGGCGCAACCUGCUCCAGAUCACCCUUCUGCUACCAUACAAGAAGAGGAGGAGGAAGAAGAAGGCUACAAGGGCAUUGUGGAACACACUGAAGUCGUCACGGAGAGCUCCCGUGAUGAUCAUGAUCAGGCCUGUCAUGUCGUAGCCGACCACACCUUCCCACACCCCAAACUGAGCUUUGAAGAGGCGGGCAUGAGUGAGGAGAUGCAAGAAGAUCUCAUGAAAGAAAUUGCUUGGCAACUUGCUCUCCAAUCCGUGCUAGAAGAAGAAGAGCAAGAAAGGGUGCAGAAAGAAGUUGUGGAGGAUGAUGAAAGUGAAGCUAGAGGAGUUCUUGAUCAUUUCCCAGGGGUGAUACCACAUGAAGAAGGAAGGGAGGUUGAAGAGGCGAUUGGCGUCCAGGCUGAGGACGAAGUUGAGGUGGAAGAGGCUUGCACCGGCCAUGAGUUACAUGUGAUAUCUCCACCAAACUUCGAGGAACUGCUUAGCAAGGACCCAUUUGCAGUGUCUCUUUGCCAGACUAAGGCCACCUCGACAUCGGUCCCUCUUGGUGGACGCGAUGGUGGCCAAUCGAUGCUGUCAUAUCUGGUUUGGGGCAAUGAGACGAGAGAAGAGAAGGAGAGGUCUCGAGGGUGGAGACUUCAUCUGCAUCAAGUACAUGAGCCUUCAUCACCUGCCACAUCACAUGCUCAUGACUUGAGACUCCACCUCAUCGACGAGAACCUCAACUUCAAGGAGGUUCUCUCAUGGACCGAAACUUAGGAGCCAUCGUCCGGCUCACGACGUGAAAGAAGCGCUUGUUGGGAGGCAACCCAACCAGUCGGUUUGCAUCUCUUUCUCUAUUUCUCUUCGGUUGAGUCAGUUUUGUUCUUUGAUUUCAGAGUCAAUAAUUCAACCUUUGUGAGAUUUUGUGUGGUGUUUGUGUUUCGACUACUUUGUCCUCCUGGAAUGCACCGCCUUCCUCGUCCACAAUCAUUCACCGUUGAUAUGGUAACUUCGUUCUACCCUCCUUAUCUUUCCUCCAUUGAGGACAAUGUCGUGCUUAAGUGUGGGGGGAUGUUCGAUUAUGUAUGUGUGUGAAUGUUUGACUGUUUGUGUCUUGGAGCCUAGUCCACUGUCCAAAUUUCGAUUUGAGGGCUCCAAGUACGUGUUCCAUGCAAUUGCCUGCUCAGUAUGCUUUGAAUUGACAGUCUUUAUAGUAAUAUGCAACCCAAGGAGGUAGUGUAGCACUAUGGAGGAUGUUGAUGCAUUUACGAAGUCUCAUUUCUUCUUCAUAUUGAGUUGGUUGAUUGAGUGAAUUAGUGAUCUUAGGACCCUUGAAUUGUGUGGUGUUUUGGAUUCUCUACCUGUCAUGGACUCUUGUAUCAUGUUUUGAAAAUAACAGGUGCUCGAAAAUGUGCUUCAAAAUAAACGUCUCCCGUGCGA